UCCUCAACGCGCGACGUCCGAAGAGAAGAAGCAAUGAUGGCAAGCGGCCGCAAUGACCUGGACUUUUACAACGUGGGCUUUGCGGGUCUCUUCAUCGGGCUGGCCGUCCUCAUCUCGUGGCUGCUCAGCCUCUCGCUCGGGGUGCCGCUGAUCGUGUCGUCUGUGCGAUGCCUCGUCCAGCUCCAGCUCCUCCGCCUCGUCCUGGGGCCCGUCUUUGAGCAAGACGACCAGCCGGGCCUGGUGCUCCUCGCCACGACGGUGCAGCUCCUUCUCAGCGCGUGGGAGGUCUCGAACCGACGGUCGGCGCACAAGGGCACGUAUGGCAGGAUCUUUGUCGCGAUGCUCAUCACCGUCGUGCCCAUUUCCAUCGUCGCCAGUCGGUUCGCCAUGGGCGAGGAGGUCUGGUGGAAGCCUGAUCGCUACAUCCCGAUGCUGGGCAUGAUCCUCGGCAACUCCAUCUCGGCCCUCUCCAUCGGCACCUCGCACGCAAUCGACCUGGCCUCGACGUCGUCGUCGCGCGACAAGAUCGAGGUCCUCCUCGCCCACGGCGCCACGCCCACUGAGGCCUGCCGGACCUUUUUCUCCGAGUCGCUCCGACUGGCCAUGCUUCCGACGAUCAACCAGAUGAGCAUCGUCGGCCUCAUCUCGAUCCCCGGUAUGAUGACGGGCGCCAUUCUCGGCGGCGAGUCCGUCGACCAGGCUGCGCUGCUCCAGACGGUCAUUCUCUUCAUCAUCAGCGGCGCCUCGGGCCUCUGCUCACUCGUCGCCAUCUCUCUCACCUAUGCCUCGCUGUUCGAUGCCCACGGCCGGCUCAUGCCUCAGCAGCCGGCAAGUAAGGGGAGCUGGAACGUCGUGCAGAGCUUCAAGUCAUGCUGGGCAGAGAGGAAGAGAACAAGACAAAGAGGGCCAAUUCAUCUCGAGGCUUGAAAGAGAGCUGGGGGACUAUGAAUGCAAUUUAUCAUUACCAGC